GACGCCACGCUGAUGGGCUCAGAGGGGAGGGGGUCACCAGCUCAGCCUCCUUCAUCCUCACACCCCCAUAAAGGAAUGAGGGAGCGGUGAGGGGCCCCAAAGCAGAUGGGGGAUGCUAAGCCCCUUCCCCGCAGCAGGACCUGGACAAGCACUGUCUGUGCCCCCCCCAGGGCAGUAUAUGGGGACCCCCCAGACCCCCCCCUCUACAGGGGCUGGAGGGGGCUGGCUCGCUUUAAUGACCACACAGCGAGGGCUGCCAUAACGAUUACUCUAAUUAAUGAGGUCCGGGGCGUGGGGGGUUGGAAGUCCCUUGGUGUCCCACACACUGUCACCUCCCUCCCCUAGUCCUGCACCCCCAGGUUCCCAUUGCUUAAGUUUCCUCUGCAUUCCCCCUCCAUCGCUCAAGACUCCCCAGGCCCCAUCCCACACAUUCCCCCCCAACCCCUGCAAUAUCUCCAGGCCCCUCUGCCCCCCUCUCCCCCCCCUGCUUCGGCCACCCAUUACCAGGCAACCGAGCAUUGUGCUCCCAGCCUGCCCUGCGGGCCCGUUGCCAUGGCAGAGGGGUGGACACCAUGGCCGCUGCUGCAGGCAGUGGGGUGGCUGGCGAGGGCGGCCUGCAGGCGCUGUACCGCUGGGUGGAUGCCGUGCCGCUGUCCCGGCCACGCAGGAACAUCGCCCGUGACUUCAGCGACGGGGUGCUGGUGGCCGAGGUGGUGAAGUUCUUCUUCCCUGCCAUGGUGCAGCUGCACAGCUUCGUGCCUGCCAGCUCCACGCCGCAGAAGUUGGCCAACUGGAGCCACCUCAACAGGAAGGUUUUGAGCAAGCUGAACUUCUCCGUCCCCAGCGAGGUGAUCCGGCAGGUCGUGCAGUGCCGGCCAGGCGUGGUAGAGCAGGUGCUGCUGCUGCUGCGGCAGAAGAUCGAGGAGAAGCAGAAGCAGGUCAAGGCGGUGCCUGGCCCGGGAGCUGGGCCUGCGGGCAGUGCAGGAGAUCAGCUACCUGGAGACGGGCAAGGCCGGCUGCUCGAAGGUGAGGAGCACAGGAGGGAGCAGUGUGCAGGAGACCCCCACGGCAGCUGGGGGGAACGAGAGCUGCCAGGACUGUGCCCCAGCUCCCGGGGGGGACCCUGCUGCCAUCCGCCUGCAGCUGGCAGAGAGGGAGCAGGAGCUGCUCCUGGCACAGGAGACGGUGCAGAUCCUACAGAUGAAGGUGCGAAGGCUGGAGCAGCUGCUGCGCCUCAAGGACAUGCGGAUCGACGACCUCAGCCGCUGCCUGCAGCAAACCCAGCACCAGCAGCAGUGAGCAGAGCCCCGGCUUUGUCACCGGCCAUCCCCGUGCUCAGUGCUCGCCCGGUGCCUCCCGGCUGCCCCAAUUCUGCGGGCUGCUCCGAGCUUUUGCUCAGCCCCUCCUGUGAGGAGCGUGGCGGUGGCACGGGGCCCCGCAGGCCGCGGGGGCCGCUCUUUAAUCUCCUCCCAAAGCUGUUGUUUGUGAUCUCCAAGAAAAUCCCGGCCUCAGCGCGCAAAACCCGCUGCGUGGUCUGGCUCUGGCAGUGAAACACGCGGCGCCCGCGGCCCCGCCGGGGUAAACAACGCUUUAUCCCAGCGCCGUGU